UGAAUAUGCAUAGAAUAUACAUAGAUAUAAAAAUAAAUUCCUUCUUAAUGAUUGCCUAAGUAAAUAGUAAUCAAUAUCUACUAUGAGAAUGACGCAAAUAUAAAGCGCUAUACGAUUGAGUUUAGUGACUGCCGCAAUAAGUGGCAUCACAGGGCGUGUUCAGUUCGUCAUCUAAAUAUUUCUUCUUUUAGUCUCUCUCCGCUUUAGUUUCCUUUCUGAACGCGUGCGUUUGGCUUACAGAUACUAUCCACGUCUUCUUAGUGAACUUAACUUUUUGUUCUUCAACAUGGCUACCGCCGAAAAUCUCACUGUACCAAGUAUGGAAGCGGAGAAACCGUGAGCGAUUUACAAAAAUAUACUUCUUCGCGUUUGGCAAGACUAGAAACUGCGAGAGUACGACACUCGUGGCUUUGCUAUUCGAUCUAAAACACUCGGAGCGGAAUUUGUAAUAGGAGCAAUGGCGGCUGCGGGUGCUGGAUUAUUUACUAAUCCAGCAGAUGUUAUUAAGAUACGAUUGCAGCUCCAAGGAGAACUCGAAGCGAGAGGAGCUUACAAAAAGAUAUAUAAAAAUACGUUUCAUGCUGCCUAUCUCAUAGCUAAACACGAAGGAAUUUUAGCUUUACAAUCUGGUAUUGCACCAGCGUUAUAUUUUCAGAUUGUUCUCAACGGUAUACGAUUAGGUGUUUAUAACACUGCAACAAAGUAUGGUUUCAUACAGGACAGUAAAGGAAAUACGGAUAUCCUGAAAACUGUGGUCAUCACAGGAUUGUCUGGUUGCUUAGGGGGCGUUCUCGGUAGUCCAUUUUAUUUGGUCAAGACACAGAUUCAAGCUCAAUCUGCGCAAUCCAUUGCCGUUGGUUAUCAACACGGUCAUACAGGAACGUUGUCAGCAUUUAUAAAACUAUGGAAGCAAGGUGGUAUAGCUGCGUUAUAUCGUGGCUGGUAUGCCAAUAUACCUAGAUUAUUUAUUGGCUCGUCUACGCAGUUGACUACGUUCGGUUUGGUCUCAGAUUUGUUACGUUCUUUGAAUAUACUUACAGAUUAUCCUAUAACUUUGACUUUCGUUUCUUCGUUAAUCGGUGGAUCAUGUGUAGCUGUCACUAUGCAACCUUUUGACGUAUUGGCAACAAGAUUGUAUAAUCAAAGAGCAACGAAAGGUGGGAAAGGUAUGCUCUAUAAUGGGCUCUAUGAUGCUUUGGUUAAGAUAAUACGAACAGAAGGUUUGUAUGGCUUAUAUAAAGGAACUUUCCCAACGUGGAUGAGAAUAGCACCACACACAGUUUUAUGUUUAGUAUUCUAUCAGAAAUUAGAUCAAUUGUAUGACGAUAUAAGAACGUAAAACGUAUUAACUUCAUAUAAAUAUAAUCCAUUGUAUCCAAUAUAAUGGAAAUGUAGAUUGUGUACAUGUUUAUGUAAAUAUAUACAACAUUAAUAAUAA